UCCAACAUUUCCAAACAACAAGUAUACGACGCAACGUUUUUCCCCUUUUACCCUCCCUCCUCAAUUUUUCUCUCUCUUUUCUUCCCUUUCUUUCUUUCGUUUCGUUUCGUUUUACGUAAUUUUAAGACCGAGCCGCCAGUACAUCAGACUGACGCUCAUUUCAUCGCGGAAGAAGGCCGCGAAAUUAUCCAAUGUCCCGCGAUAUAUGUCGAGAGAGACGAGACAGGCCACGCCCUUCGCGAAAUCUCGCGUCCAGGGAGGAAUCAUAAUCCGAAAAUCAUAACCGAUUCAUUCUUCUCUUUUCCCUCUCUCUCCCUUCACCUCAUCUCGUGGUUCAUCAAGGUGAAAAUCAAGACCGAGGUGCUGGACGAGAUCGAGAAUUUCUCGGCUAACGACGAGCUCGACAUUGACGAUGCUUACGAGAACGAGGCGAGGAGGAAGAGGCACAAGAGGGGGCAGAAGGGGAGGGGUUGCCCCCCGAUCAAGAAGGAGGUGAAUCUGGACGAAUAUGUGGAUUUCGAGGAGUACAUAGAGGCGUUGACUACCGGGAAACGAUUGAUCUGCAGCGUGUGCAGGAUCGAGUUCCCCGACGAGGCGGAGUUCAAGACGCACAUGGUGGGGCACAGCCAUGGAAAAUUGUUCCAGUGCGGUAUCUGCAGGAAGCAAUUUUCACGGUCGUCUGCGCUCAAGGACCACCUUCGUCUUCACGAGACGUUCAAAGCGUUCAUAUGCAGGCACUGCAGCCUUCGAUUUCAGCAGAGGGACCAGUUGAGGAUGCACCAGGCCGAGGUGCACUCGAGCCGAAGGCCGUUCGAGUGCGGUGUCUGCAAGAAGAAGCUGCUCCACCGGCAGUCGUUGCGCGAUCACAAGCUGAUGCACACGAACGUGAAGCCGUUCGAGUGCUCGAUCUGCAAGAAGAGAUUCCUCAGGCCGAGCAGCCUCAGGGCGCACAUGAUCGUUCACACAGCCGACUCGCCGUUCGAGUGCGACCUCUGCCCAGCCAAGUUCAAGAGAUCUUCCGUGUUGAAGACCCACAAGUUGACGCACACAGGGGUGAGAAGGUUCGAGUGCGAUAUAUGCAAGCACCGGUUCCAUUUGAAGGGCGCUCUCAAACAUCACAUUCUGUCCCAUUACGGAGUGAGGCCGUAUAAAUGCGAGGACUGCGGUAAAUGUUACAGGAGGUCGUGGGGCCUGAAGGUGCACAGAUAUCGUCACACAGGUGUGAAACGAUUCGAGUGUGACCUGUGCAAGUCACGAUUCAGCGUGAAAACGAAGCUGGCCAAGCACAUUUACGGCCACAUCGGGGAAAAACCGUACAAGUGCGAUUUCUGCGGUCGCCAAUAUGGCGAACGUUACCAAUUGAAGGCGCACAAAUGCGGGAACCCAUCCAAGACGAGGAUCGACAGAUCGUUCGCCGACUCCAUCACCCAGAUCGUCUUCUUCCAUCCAAAAUCGACCAACAUCUCGUUCGAUUCAAGUACAAAGAGUUUUAUCCAACUGUGAGGGAAUCGACGUCGAAUCUCGCCCGUGAUAAAGAGAAGAAGAAGAGAAAAAGGAAAUCGAUCGAUGGCGGAUGGAUCAGUUCGUUACUUUCGACACGUUGAAAGAGGAAACGGAAAGCGUGCGCCUGUGUAUAUAGAUUGUUCGUUUUGUAACGUUCGAUUUGUACAAUAUAAAAUACAA